CUUCAGAAGAACUGAAUCUACUAACAACAGAGAAGAUCACUGAAUAAGAGAGAAGAAUGAAGAUCAUCUGCACUUUCACUCUGCUGAUGAUUCCUGGUGUGGUGAGCUCCAUCAGUGUGACAGGAUAUUCAGGAGGAAAAGUCAUGAUCACAUGCAAAUAUGAAAGAAAAUAUACAGAAAAUGCAAAGUAUUUUUGUAAAGGACAGAAGCCAGUUACACCACAGAUUGGAUGGUGCUCAGACCUCAUCAAGACUGAAGAGAAAAACAAAUGGGUUCAUUCUGAAAGAUUCUCUCUGUAUGACGACACAAGAGCAGCAGUUUUCACUGUGACCAUCAGAGAUCUGAGUGAAGAGGAUGCUGGGACAUACCAGUGUGGAGUUGAUAUCCAUAUCAGUGAAGAUUUCUACACUGAAGUGAAUCUGAACAUUAUAACAGAUAAACUAUCACAGAACAUCAUCUUCAUCUUUCUCACCAGGAGAAUCUCCACUGAUCUCAUCUGCGUCUCCUGUAACUGGUACAAACUCACUGAUUUCUGUCAGUCGGUCAGUUUUGAUCUUCAGAGUGAUUGA